AGAAUCUGGUAGUGGUUCUGGAAGUGCUUCAUUAUCUUCCUGAGGAGGGCAGAAGGCAGCUACCUCCCCCCUCCUCCCUCGUUUCCUCCGUGUCUAGAGGGCGGAUCAAUGCUGGGAGCCUCCGAUUCAUACAAACUCCCGCCCCUCCUGUCUCUCUUCAGCGGACUCGCCUGCUUGUUUUGCUUUUUGCUUCUACCUGGGAGGUGCAUCCUAAACCAUACUUUGUAAUAUUUCGGGUGGCUAUAAGGAGGGGAGGACAGGACAAGAGAAGAGAGGACAGGAGGGGAGGGGAAGAGGGUAGGAGAGGGGAGGGGACGUGGGUCGAAGCUCAACAUGCUGUAGUGGAUGGAUGGGACUGGCGAUCGGACGGUCUGAAAAUGCCGUCGGAGGUGUAGAAGGUCUGAACAUCCACCUCCGCUCUCAUCGCCCCCCUCCCUUCGCGCUGCCAAGCUUGUUGCCUUGCUUAAGCGGCCUAAAAACACAAAAUGUCGACCAGGACGCCGCUGCCAACUGUGAAUGAGCGCGACACCGAGAACCACUCGUCUGUGGAUGGCUACCAUGAGCCCCACACCCCAGCGUCCAAGUCCGGAAGCCGCCAGAGCCUGCCGCGAUGCCGCAACUCCGUCACGUCCACCACUGACGAGCAGCCACACGUCGGCAACUAUCGGCUCCUCAAGACCAUCGGCAAGGGCAACUUUGCCAAGGUGAAACUGGCGCGGCACGUGCUGACAGGCCGAGAGGUCGCCGUGAAGAUAAUUGACAAAACGCAACUCAACCCGACUAGUCUACAGAAGCUCUUUCGGGAAGUGAGGAUAAUGAAGAUCUUGAAUCAUCCAAAUAUCGUUAAGUUAUUUGAAGUCAUCGAAACAGAGAAGACACUUUAUUUAGUAAUGGAGUACGCCAGUGGGGGUGAGGUGUUUGACUAUCUGGUGGCCCAUGGGAGGAUGAAAGAGAAAGAGGCCAGGGCAAAGUUUCGACAGAUCGUCUCUGCGGUGCAGUACUGCCACCAGAAGCAGAUAGUGCACAGGGACCUGAAGGCUGAGAACCUGCUCCUCGAUGCUGACAUGAACAUCAAGAUUGCCGAUUUUGGCUUCAGCAACGAGUUCACUGUAGGGAGCAAGCUGGACACCUUCUGCGGCAGCCCCCCCUACGCCGCCCCCGAGCUUUUUCAGGGCAAAAAGUAUGACGGGCCCGAGGUGGAUGUCUGGAGUCUGGGGGUCAUCCUCUACACGCUGGUCAGCGGCUCACUGCCCUUUGACGGCCAGAACCUAAAGGAGUUGCGGGAGAGGGUUCUGAGGGGGAAGUACCGCAUCCCAUUCUACAUGUCCACUGACUGUGAGAACCUGCUGAAGAAGCUGCUCGUGCUGAACCCAGUCAAACGAGGGAGCCUGGAGCAAGUGAUGAAGGACCACUGGAUGAAUGUCGGCCACGAGGAAGAGGAGCUGAAGCCAUACCUGGAACCUGAGCCAGACUUCAAUGAUUCCAAAAGGAUAGAUCUGAUGGUCACAAUGGGAUUCCCGAAAGAUGAAAUCACAGAGUCGUUAGUGGGCCAGAAGUAUAAUGAGGUCAUGGCCACCUACCUUCUGCUGGGCAGGAAACCUCCAGAGUUCGAAGGGAGCGAGUCUCUGUCCAACAGCAACCUGUGUCAAAGGUCACGACCCAGCAGCGACCUCAACAACAGCUCCACACAAUCGCCCGCCCAUUCCAAAGUUCAGCGCAGCAUAUCGGCCAAUCAGAAGCAGCGUCGGUUCAGCGAUCAUGUGGGUCCCACGGUGCCGACAGCAGUCUCCCACACCAAGCGAGCCCAAGCCAACAGCGUGGAAGGCGAGCAGAAGGAGGACUGGGACAACACAGGCAAGCUGGGUACCUCCAGCUCCAAGGUGGAGAUGCCGACAUCCCCGGGGGUGCUGCCAGACCGCAAGAAGUCCUCCACGGCACCUGGGGCGAACUCUUUGUCUGCGGGGGGCAUGACACGCAGGAACACGUAUGUGUGCGAACGCUCCAGCACUGAGCGUUAUGGUGCCAUCCCCAAUGGGAAGGAGAAUAGCCUGACAGAGAUGUCUGUGUGCACUAGCAGCACCGCGUCACCAGGGGGCGUGACGGCAGCCGUGCCCUCCACCCGGCCGCGCCACGUCAAGUCCAUGUCCGCCUCAGGCCACCCGGGUAAGGCCACGCUUCCGCCCAUCGAGGACAACAGUGAGUUCAGGCCCAGCUCCGCCCCUCGGCCCCCGGCCGCCUCCCCCUCCGCCCACAGCAUCAGCAGCACCACUCCAGACCGCACCCGCUUCCCGCGCGGCAGCACUAGCCGCAGCACCUUCCACGGCGCACAGCUACGUGAGCGCCGUAGUGCCACCUACAACGGGCCGCCCGCCUCGCCCACUCUGUCACAUGACACGGCCGCCCUGGCGCAGGCCCGCCGCGGCACGUCCACCGGCAUCAUCAGCAAGAUCACCUCCAAGUUCGUCCGCAGAACUGUCUGCUCUCGAUUGUCUCCGAGGGUUCCCAGCGAAGGCGAGGCCAGUGGCCGGACAGAAUUCCUGAGGAGUGCCUCCGGUGAGUCCAAAGAGGACAGCCGGGACUCGAAGCCUCGCUCCCUACGCUUCACCUGGAGCAUGAAGACCACUAGCUCCAUGGACCCCAGUGACAUGAUGCGUGAGAUCCGCAAGGUGCUGGACGCCAACAACUGCGACUACGAGCAGCGCGAGCGCUUCCUGCUCUUCUGCGUCCACGGCGACGCCCGCCAGGACAACCUGGUCCAAUGGGAGAUGGAGGUCUGCAAGCUGCCCCGCCUCUCGCUCAACGGCGUGCGCUUCAAGCGGAUAUCGGGGACCUCCAUCGCCUUCAAGAACAUCGCCUCCAAGGUCGCCAAUGAGCUCAAGCUCUGAGGAAAAGGAAAAUGAGGUUAACAAGGAGAGCUUGACUGAGAGAGAGAGGGAGAGAUAGUCAGAGAACCACCCCUGUUUGCCAGACAGAAUCAGGGUGGACAGCCAGGAGUUGUACAGUGUUAAAGUCAAAUGCACAGGGUAUUGGUAUUUUAGGCUACUGCUGUCUUACUUGGCCAGUGAAGGAAAUAAGUUUAAAAAAAUCUCUCGUGUCCCUCCCCAGCCAUGUCCAUCACCUAGAUGACGUAGAUGAGCAGAAGUUUAUCCUCCUUGCAGGAAGCUAGAGCGUCAGGCCCAGACUGGCCUUGUGGCAUAGCGGUGGCCUCAUGGGUUAUCGUUGGGGGGGGGGGGAUGCCCCCCCGCCCCCGGCUCGGCAAAAUUUAUCAUGCGGGACCCCAAAGUCCAGGGCCGAUUUUUAAUCCAAAUGUAAAUCCAGCUAAAGACCCCAAAACACCCGUACAAAGAGGUAAAAAUGUUGGUCUCUCCCCCCCCCCCCCCACCCCUCCCAUACACAUAGACACACUGCUGAGAAGAGUUGUACUAUAAUGAAAAUCUUAGCAUAACAUCUGCAGGUAUUGUAUAGUUGACUUCUGUACAGAAAAUGUACGUUGGUGUCUAAAACUGUCAUUUCCUUUGAGUUUGAAAUACUUUCCUGGUAUUGUCAUCUGUUAAACUGGUAGAAUUGACUCUGUGAAUUUUUUUAACAUUUUAAACUGACUUUUUAUGCUAAAAAGGCACUAUUGCGAUCUUGGGAAAAAAAUUUAGAAUAACAAAUGUAAAACUGAGAGGCAAAGGAACUGUAUGCAUCCCCCCCCCCGGCCUGACUUUGUGUUUUCCCCCUUUUGCUGUAUUUUAUUACUUAUUAAUUGCUUAAAGAGCAAGAAAAAAAAAACCUAAAAGUAGAAUUGGGGAAAAAUCAUUGUAGUUUUGGAGCUGAAGCUAUUACUUUUUGCUUUGUUUUUGAAUUCUGCUCACGCACCAGUACAAGGGGUGUUUUAAUAAGCCAACCCCAAUCACACUGCCUGAGUGUUACUUUGGGAAAGCAGAGUUCUGCCGUUGUGUAGGGCGAUGUCCAUACCUUUGAUUUGUAAUUGUUAUUAUUUUCUAACAGUAGCUCUUGAAUCGCCUUGGGCUGAUUUGUAUGGUUACUUGUUACGGUUUCGCUUAUAUGUGCUGGAUUACUAUUUUUUUUUUUUUUUUUUUUUUUAGCAAAAGUCUUGUAUUUAUUCUGUCGUAUUAUGCCUGUAAUGUGCUGCUUUGUAAUUUUGAGGCAUUCACCUGUACAAGAUUAAAAAAAAUAGAAUUUAUUUGAUUUUAUUUAGGUAUAUCCCCUUUGUAAUUAUGAUUAAAGUAUGUAAAACUACUAGUUACGGUACAUUUUUACGUGUUCAUUUUUAGUAAUUUAACCAUCGGGUUAACUGUGCAAUGGUAUUUCAUGUUGUAUUACAGUAAUACUUGCGUAUGGUCCCAAUUUCUCACACCUUAAUUGUUUAACAAUAGAAAAACAGUUCAUUUUUUUUUGCAGUUCAAGAUUAAGUUGAAAAGAGGAUUUCAAGAUAUUUUUUAAAAAAAAGCUGUGAUCUCACCAUUGCGGAGAAGAACAGACGCCUGUGCUGGCCCACCCCAGGUGCAUCGUGGGCCGACUCUGGAGGACUGUGUAUGCUGUGUUGUAUUGCGUGAUGUAACUUCCUCCCUGAGAUAGAACUGCCCUGGAGUGAAUGUCCAUUUUGUUGCCUUAGCUGAUCACGACAUGGCAGGAGCAAAGAGAAGGAUUAAAUGUGAGGACAUAUCACUCCCCCUCCACCCUGUCCUUGACUCCACCCCCUACAGUUACCCCAGUGUUCAUACGAGGACAUUAUGAUGCAAAUCAUCUCGGUUCAGUCUCACUGGUGCACAAUAUUAAAACUUGAAGGAGUCUCAA